AUGCUAGUCUUAUUACUUUUAAUUAAAUAGUCUAUUUCAGUGACAACCCAUUACGGAUUUUGGUUUCAAUAUUUGCCUUUUUCUAAUAUAAAGGCAUCCGGAGAAUUCAUAUUGAAUGACAAAUCCAUAUAUGUAGGUCAGAAUGUAAUGGCAAAUUACAAUUUUCAUUCGGAAGCACCUACACAAAAACUAUAUGUGUGGCUUUCUUUUAAUUCUCCGGUACUGAAUAUUACAGUGUCUGAUAAUGGAACAAUUACUAAUUUAACUUAAGAUCCAAUAAAUUUUGAAGGAAUUUGGUAUUAUGCCUAUUUUGAGAAUCUGGAGGGAGGAUCAAAGCUAUAUAUAAGGGGCAGCAAAUUGCAGAGUGUAGCUUUGAAUACUAAGAACAUAAUCCCGGUAUUGAAUUAAUAUGGAAAGGUCAAUAGCUUGAAUUUUGACUAUUUUCAUGGGAAGUACAGUAAAGUAUAGGGUUUCACAAGAUUGCCAUUUACUAAUGAUAAGGAAUUUGAUGAUUAUUUUAAGAGUAAUUUACAAAGUCCGUAAUCUUAUAAUAAAACUAUUGUUGACAUUUUUGAUGGAAUUCAAUUGCUUGGAGAUACGUUUUACUCAACCUAAUUAUAAAUGUUGGGUUAUAGAUAUCAAGUUAGGUGUUGGGUAAAGGUCAGUUUUGAGAAUGUUAUUGAAAGACAGAGGUAUUUAUUAAUGAGAUUGACUUUGAAUGAGAAUUAUCGUAAUGAUAGUUUUCUGGGAGAUAGAGCCUUAUUGAUGAGUUACAUCUUGGAUCCCAGUUCAAAUAAUUACAAUUUAUUUAAUGUGAGUGUUCUAGCUUACCCCUUUCCCUAAUCUUAAUUGGCGUUCUAAACCAAAAAUUCCAAUGUAUUUCUGAUUUAAAAUACAACGAAUCGAGAUAGAUUCCAAAGAUGGCAUUAUAUUUAUUUUUAAUAUUUGGUAGAAAAGACUUACUUAAAAGUAAUCUAUCCAAAUGAUUAAGAAUUGACUUAGACAUUUAGUGCUUUGCAAUUUCAUGAUCAAUAUGUUUACUUAUACGUUGGAGCAGACAGCUAUUUUUAUAAAAGUUAUUUGGGUGGCAAAAUCUAAUUGGAAAUAACUUACAAUUAUGAGGAAGAGUAGUCAUUUUAGAUUAGAUGUCAUUAUUCAUGUUUAACUUGUAAUGGUCCAACUCAGAGUGAUUGUAUCACAUGUCCAUAGGAUACUCACAGAUCAUGGAAAUAUGGGUUUUGUGCUUGUGAAUUCGGAUUUGUAGAUUUAGAAUUAGCUCAGAAAUGCAAUAAAAUGAAUGAAUUGUAUCCCAUUAUGAAUUAAACCUAUUAAAACAACACUUUUAAAUGUAAAUAUGGAGAGUUCUAAAUUGAUAAUAAAUGUAUGCCAUGUCCAAGUUCUAUCAAUGAUUAUCAAUUGAAUUGUGCAGAUUGCUUACUCAAUGCAGCUACCUGGUAUCAAAAUCCAGUUUGCACCUUUGAUUAUAAGAGAUAUUCCUUGAUAUCCACAUAUAUCAGAUAUGAUAGAAAUGAAAGCCUAUAAGAGAUCUUUUACAUCAAUAGUUAAUUAUAGAAUUUGGAAUUGUGUUACGGAUGCUUAAAGUAUUGCAAUGAUGUCACAAAGUUAACGUGUAUUCAAUAUAAUCAAUACUAUUUCUCCUGCAAAAAAGGGUAUUUUGUAUCAGGCAAUACUUGCUAGAAAUGUAUGGGUAGUUGUAGAACUUGCAAUAAUUUAAAAAUAUGUAUUAAAUGCAUUAGGCUCUAUGGAUAUGAUGGCACUAAAUGUCAGAAGUGUCCAAUUAAUUGUGUCACUUGUAAUUCAACAUCGAAUUGUUAGGCAUGCUAACCAGGGUUUGCCCUGUUUAAUGGAACAUGUUAUGGAUGUGGUGCCUAAUGUUCAAUAUGUGAAUUCUAUUUCGAUGAAAUUAAACAGUCUUACAUCAAUAGAUGCUUAAAAUGUGCAGAUCCGUUAACUUAAGAAAUAUCAUUUGAUGCUCUUAAAUGUUAGGCAGUUACAAUAAAGGGCUGUCUAUAUGGUAUUUCCCAAUAUUUUAUAGCGGAUUAACCCUAAACUACAAUUGAUUUAUACUUUUAACCAAUGGAUAUCAGCUCGUUAAUUACAAGCACUUGUGCUAGAUGUAUCUCUGGAUAAUCUUUUUCAAAUCUUACGUUUGUAUGUUAUAAGUCAUCACAACUCUGUUAAGAAUCAGGAUUCUACAAUGGUACCUUUUAUUGUUUAAUUGGUGGAGAAUAAGCAACAUCAAUAUUGGGUUGUGAAUUAAAACUAUAAAAUUGUUAUGAAUGUGUGAAUUAUCUUAAUAAAGUGAUUUGCAUAAACUGUUUUCCUGGCUAUUAUGCUGAUCAUAUUGUGGGAAUGUGUGUCUAAUGUCCAAAUGGUUGUUUAUCCUGCUCCCAACAAUUCAAGAAAAAUAAGAGUAAUUGGAAAAAGGAUAUCAGGCCAUUCUACGAAUUUUAUGUGAACAAGAAUCUUAAUCACGACUAUCUGACUUAUGUAGAGUCGAGCAAUCCAAAUGACUUUGAAGUGAUCUGCACUGGAUGUAAAAUAGGCUAUGAAGUAUAUAAUGAUAGUUGUAUCAAUAAAUGUCCUUCAGAUUGUUCGGAAUGUUUGAUUGUUAACAACUCCAAAAUUUGCUCCAAAUGUUCCUAUUCAAGUAAUGGAUUAAUACUCAGCACUAGCAAUAAGAUAUGUUAUCAAUGUCACAGUUUAUGUAAAUUUUGUGCUCCGGCAACAGAUGUCAACAUCACUUAAUUCACUAAUUAAUGCCUAUUGCCUUUUUCUUAAGAUUCACUAUUUGAUUCCAAUAUUUAUUAAUUCAGCAAUUGUCCCGAUGAAUCAGCUUGUUAAAUGAGUAUGUCCAUUACUUUAAAUUUAAUUUGUCUCUAGGGUUAACCAACUGCAAAUGUUUUUGACAUACCUUAUAAUUAAGAAUCUGAUCUAUCUUUUGUCUUCUAAUUGCUGUAUUCAAAAGGGCUGUUCAACUAUAUGAAUGAAUAAAAUGUACAGACUUUGAACAUAUAUCUUACUACUUAAACAUGCACUUUCCCUAAGAAUUUAGUGAUUUCUUAGGAGUUCUCAGCAAAUGUCUAUUCAUUGAAAAAUGUAUCAUUAUAUCUUCUGGGAAUGACAUCAAAUUCAACUAUUUACUUUUCAGGAGAUAUCUACAUAAAAGAAUUUCAUUCCUUCUGGAUUAAAAAUUUGAAUAUAGAUUGCUUAAAUGCUUCUAUUACUUUCAAUUUCAACUUAGAUCAAACAAAUAUUGGAUUUUAGAAUGCAAACUUUUAAGGUAGUGGAUUCAUACAUUUUGAAUAUGCUAAUUUGAAUACUUUUUCGAUGAUCAAUAUGAAAUUCGCGGGAUUUUAGUUUUCCAAUCUAGAAUCUUUAUUGAAAGUAGAACCAAUCUAAUCUGUCAUCAUCUAGAAUGUUUAAUUAUUUAAUUUGAAUUUAACAAAUUCAACUUUAUUUAAAUUCUAAAAUGUACAGGAAUUAAUUCUAAAUUAAAUCACUGUUGAGUCAAAUAACUUAAAAUAAUCAACAUUAUUUGCUAUUAAUUAAUAAGGUGAAGUUCAUUUCUUUGUUAUGAAAUUAAGUACUCUUGAAAUUUCCUUUGCAUUUUAAGGUUAAGAUCUUCAAUUCAAUCAGCUUCAGAUCCUUAUGAACUUUAUAAUCGAUUCUUCAUCAAUAUGUCAAUCAUCAGAAUUAUAAUUACAAAAUUCGCUUUUUGAGGCAAAUUACAUCACUUAAAAUAGUUACCUUAUACGUGUCAUUUAAAAAACUUUGAUAUCUGAUAUCAUAUUAGACAAAGUAUAAUUUUCUUUGAACUAUAUUACUCAAUUUUCAAGUUUUCUAUAUGUGGAAUCGUCAACCCUACUUUAAAUUACAAAUUUAAAUAUGUUUAUGCUCUCAAUGGGAUUAGAUGUCAAUGUUGCUUUUUAAAUUCUGACUAAUUCCUUCUCCUUAUAUGAUAGCGUAAUAGAGUUCUAGGAUCAAAUUAGUGCCCUAAUUGAAGCAACUGACUUAGACCUCUUUAGUUUUAAAAACAUUACAAUUCAUUAAUAAAAUUAGCUAACUGGAUUAUCAGGGAGUUUGAAUUGCAUUACUCUACUAGAUUCAAAUAAACCGAUCAUCAAUUUAUUAAACAUCAAAAAGGUAGAUUUCUAAAUAGUAAAUUUUACCAAUAUAUUCACGUACAACCAACCUGUAAUUAAGAUAGGAAGUACCUAAGUUAAUUUCAAAUGUUUGAUUAAUAUCAAUAAUUCCACAUUCCAAGAUUCACUGAUUAUCAAAUCUACCAAUAAUAUUACAGUGGCAUUCAUAGUCAUAGAAUCCAAAAACUCGAUUUCAAUCAACUUUACAAAUUCUAAAUUCUUAAACACCAUAUAUAAGGAAUAUAUUGGAUUAAAUACAUAUGGAACUUCAGCCAAUAAUUUGUACUUCUUAAUUCCUUAGGGAUCUGUUUAUUUUUAUAAUAAUUCAUUUAGAUCAAACUUAAUCAUAGGUUCCUUGAAUUCCAAUAUGUAUAUUUAGUGUCAAAAAGUGAUAAUAUCAAACUGCAGUUUUACGGAAAUAAAUAACCCAAAUAAAUUAUUUUAUCAAGUGCAUUCCUCUAAAUAUGAAGACUUAUUGUACAUGGAGCAGUUGGAAUAUGAUUAUAAAGUUAAGAGUUAUGGGGGAAUAGCUCAAAUCUAUGUAGAAGAAAUCUAAAUUUCCAAUAGCUAUUUUGAAACCUAUAUUGGCUAUAAAGGAGGUUGCAUGUAUGUGAUAACCCUUAAUAAUGGAAUAGUUUCAAUUGUUAAUACACAGUUCAAGAAUGGAUAGGCUAUUAUUGGAUAACUUGAGAGUCAAGGGGGAUCCUUCAUUAUAGACAGCAAAGGCUCCAAGUUAAACUUUCAGAUUAUUAAUUGUACGAUCUAAAAUAGUUGGAGCUUCGAUAAGGGUGGAUUUGUCAUGAUCACCUUAUCUGAUUAAUCGUCUGUCAAAUUCUAAAAUGUUUCAAUAAAUGAUGCACAUUCAUUAUAAUCAUCAGUGAUUUCAAUUGAGAUAAGUGAUUUUCUACAGUAGUAAUAUACGUUGCAAGUAGAGGAUUGCAUUAUUCAAAACACUAAAGCAGGAUAUAAUGAUUAUUUAAAAUUAAUUGAAAUAAAGGAUCUUAUUUACAAAUUUACAUUCGACACUUAUGAUUCUGUGCUCUUUGAAACCCAAAAGGGGAUAAUAAGAAUGAAAAAUUUGGUGAUCCACAACAUCAUUGGUUAUGGAUUAAUGACGAAUAAGCAAAGUUAUUCAGUCAUCAUAGACACAGUGGAUGUAAUUAAUUUCAUCAUUCAAAAAAGACCCUUAGUAUUUUUCGACCGUUCAAUUGGUCAAAUAAUAAUAAUGAAUAGUCACUUUCACGGAGUAUACCAAAAUUACACCAAGAUCAUAUGUGUUUACUCUGAAUAUUAAUUAGAAGAAUUGAAGUCAGAAUGUAGUAAUGAGCCAUAUACAUUACAUUCCUAAUUUAAUAGUUACACAAAAUAAUGCGAAGAAAAUAUCACCAUUUCAUAGGACUACUAAACUUACGACAUUUUUCAAUUGUCCAACAUUGAAUCUGAAGUGUAGAUUAAUUCUGUUAUUUUUUCUGAUAUUUAAUGUACUUUAUGUAAUAUCUUUUAUAUUGAAACAAAUAACCGUGUUGUAAUUUAACAAACAAAAUUCAUAAAGAAUGUUGGAAAUAGUUCAAUUUUAAACAUACAAAAGACUUAUUAAAAUAGAUUACUUUUCACUUAUGCUAAUGAUUUAGUCACUAGAAUUGGAGAAAUCUUAAUUAAAGACACAUAAUUUAUAUAAAAUAAAGGAGUAAAUGGUGGUUGCAUUUUAGCGGCUGGAGUAUCCAUUUCCUGUUACUCUGUGUUAUUUUAAAAUAAUACUGCUGUCAUUGGAGGAGCAAUUUAUUUGAAUGAUGGAUCUUUGGAAAUGACAGAUUCGAAGAUAAUAGGAAAUAGAGCAGCAGCUGGAGCAGGUAUUUACUCUACUAAUCCUUUGUCAAUUCAAAAGAAUAGAAGGAAUGUAAUUUUGGAUAAUCAAGAGAGUUCUAUGGUUGGGAAUUUGUAAUCAUAACCAUCGAAAUUAGCGUUAUCAUUGGACACUUUCAGAAUGUUUGAGAAUAAAGUAAGUUAUAAAAAUGACACUUGUUUGAUAGAGGAAGUUAUUAAUGAAAUUAUGUUACCUAAUAAUGUGGAAAUAUAAAAUUACUAAAUUUUAGAAGAAAACUUGACGGAACAUGGAUUAGGAAAUUAAUUAAGUUAUGUUUCCAAUUUUGAAACCUACAAUAAUUUAAAUUACAAAUUUAGAUUAGUUCCUUAAAAUGCCUACAAUGAACGAUAAUACAAUCUAUCAGAUACUCAAUGUAGUGUCAGGAGUAGACUGAUGUAGGAAAAAUAAUUAGAUUUUUCAUCAGAACAUCUAUCUAUCGAUAAUGUCUAAUUCAAUAUGACUACUCAAGAUUAUAAUUUAGACAAUCUUAGACUUCUAAUAAAUGAAGAUUUACAAAUUGAAAUAAGGUGCGAUUCCAUUAAGAUUCCUAUUUAUGAUAGUCAGUUUUAGCAUAUUCUACAAUUUCAUAAUAAUUAUUCUAUCAUCAUCAAUGUAAAAUCCUUCCCAUGCUAAAGAGGUGAGGUUUUGACUAAAUCAAUAUGUGUGUAAUGUGUAUCUCAAACAUACUCUUUAAAAGAAAAUAGUCUUAAAUGUUCAGUGGGAGACCAAGAAAUGAUUGAGAGUGUUAUCCCAUCAAAUAUUGAAAUUAAACCCACCUACUGGAGACCAUAUUACGAUAAUGAUAUAAUCUACCCGUGUAUCAUAAGUUCUGAAAAGUGUCUAGGAGGUUGGGUUGCAGGACCUGACUCAUGUAUAUAAGGAAGUUUUGGAGCUCUUUGUGAAACUUGUGAUAUUUAUGAUGUAAGAGGACAAGGAUCAUUUUUUAAAUCAAAUAUGAAUUGCUUUUAGUGUUAAGAUUCCAAUCUGGCCUAUUUUUCCUUAUUAAUCGUGGCUUUAUGGACAAUGAUUUCAAUGGUGAUAUCAGUGAAUAGUUCUCUGGAGAAUUUAAAGUUGGAAUUGCUAAGAAGUAAAUUGAAAAAAGGAGGAUUGAAGACUUACUCUGAACAACAGGAAUCAAGUUCAUUGUAUAAGAUGCUGUUCCAUUAUUUGUAAAUUAUAUCUACUUUAACAACUUUCUAAUUAUAAUUUCCAAAUUUGGUUAGUAUAGCAAUAAGCAGUGUAGGUUCGCAAACAAAAUCUCUAGAAAAUUCUAUUGAUUGUUUUUUGAUGACCAUACCUUACGACAUUUUACAUUCGCGAAUAAUUUGGAUUAUUUUGGCACCCCUCAUUUACUUGGGUUUCGUAUUUUUCUUAUAUAUGUUCAUCAUUUUUGCAAGAAAGUAACAAUACAAACAAAGUGUAUCAGCCAUCAUUUUACUCUAGACAUUUGUCACUAUGCAGCCAAGUAUGAUUGGAGUUUUGAUUUCAAUAAUAGGAUUUCGUUAAAUUUCAGGAUAUUAUUGGGUAAUUGGCGAUGUUUCUUAUAGAUAUGAUAAAAACUUCUAUGUUUCGGCUAUUUUGGCUUUUCCAAUUUUAUUUUCAUUGUCCAUUGUAAUUCCUCUGCUCAUGUUUAUAAAACUGUAUAAAAAUAAAGAUGACUUGAACAAAAUUAAAUCUACUUGGGGUUACUUGUUUUCUGAAUUUAAUGAAAACGCCUACUUUUGGGAGAUAGUAAGAUUGGGAAUGAAGAAUCUAGUUAUUAUUAUCAUUACUCUCUUUGAUCAAUACAUAGUACUCAAAGCUACAAUGGUAUUUUUAUUGAUUCAAGGGUAUUAAUCAUUAACCAAAUCGUAUUAGCCAUUCAAAACUAAGAAUUUGAAUUAAAUGGAAGAUUUUGGAUCAAAAGUACUAUCCAUUAGUAUUGUAUUGGGAGCAUCCUCAUAUCAAAUGUUACUGACUGUAAUGAGAAAUUACAUCUACAUAUUCUACGUCAUCAUUUUGGAAGUCAAUUGCACAUUUUUAUACUACAUCUUUAGCAAGAUCAUCUCAGAAUAUACUUACAAAAAUCAAAUUCUGAUUAACAAAAUUAAAGACUAUCUAAAGCUCAAAUUCCCUAUGUUUAUGCGAUUGUCUUUUUGUAAAAAACUCUUCUCCCCAAAACAAAGUAGCACAUCUUCAAUGAAAUUCAGAAAAGUCACUAGGGCACUUAGGGAAUCCCUUUAAUCCCAAAGGAAAAAGAACUUUUUGGAUUUACAAUAGGAUGAAUCAGUAAUUUAAAUGUAAAGCCCUGAUCAUCUCUUAAAGUCGAAUGAUCACCUCUUUAAAUCGAGGGAACAAAAGCUAGGAGUUAACUGUUCUGGAUCAAUGUUAAUAUUUACUGAUCAAAGAGACUCAAAAUUGCAUAGUAGAAUCAUAACAGACAGAUAAGGAUUAUAAAAAAGUAUUGGGGGCCAAUUAUUGUGA